CGGCACAAUGACAUCUCAGGUUACACAAACUGUCCUGCGUCUGGAGGCAUCUGAAGUUGGGGAGCUGAAGGGUGGCAUCAAUUUUAAGAAAAAUCCAAAAGAUGGCAAAUGUUACAUCAUUUACAAAGACAAAGAUAAAACACGAGCCUGCAAAAACCAAUGCAAGCACCAGGGAGGACUUUUCAUUAAAGACAUAGAGGAUUUAGGUGGCAGAACAGUGCGUUGUACUAAACACUACUGGAAACUUGAUGUGUCCACUAUGGCGUAUGUCAACCCACCUGACAGCUUUAUGCAGGAUGAACUUGAGGUGGUACUGUCAGAUACUGAUGGGAGUUUGGAGCUGGUUGAGUUGAAUCCACCCGACCCUUGGACUGUGGACUCUCGACAGGCACAAGAGCUACAAACGGGAGAGGUCACAUUGACAUACAUUACACAUGCGUGUAUGGAACUCAAAGCAGGAGGCAAGAGGAUGAUGUUUGAUCCCUGGCUGACAGGACCGGCGUUUGCCAGAGGAUGGUGGCUCUUACACGAACCUCCAUCUGAUGCCAUGGAGAGACUCUGUCAGGCUGAUCUCAUUUACAUCAGUCACAUGCACUCCGACCAUCUGAGCUACCCCACUUUAAAAUUACUCUCAAAGAAGCGGCCUGAUAUUCCCAUUUAUGUCGGAGACACCUCACGCCCGGUGUUCUGGUACCUGGAGAGAAGUGAGGUGAAUUUAACAAACAUCAAUGUGGUGCCCUUCGGUGUAUGGCAGAAUGUUGAUGAGCAUCUGAGAUUUAUGAUUCUGAUGGACGGCGUUCAUCCUGAGAUGGAUACUUGUAUAAUAGUGGAGUAUAAAGGUCACAUGUUCCUGAAUACGGUCGACUGUACCAGGCCAAACAAUGGGCGUCUCCCACACGGUGUCGAUGUGAUGAUGAGUGACUUCGCUGGAGGCGCUUCUGGCUUUCCAAUGACUUUCUAUGGUGGUAAAUACAGCGAAACCUGGAAGGCAGAGUUCAUCAAGAAAGAAAGAAAGAAACUGCUGAACUAUAAGACUCAGCUGGUGAAGAUUUUACAGCCCAAGAUUUACUAUCCUUUUGCUGGUUACUUCAUAGAAGCUCAUCCCUCAGACAGGUACAUAAAGGAGACAAAUACGAAGAACAGCGCUGAAAACCUGAACGCUUCCAUAAGGAAGAGCUUCCCAAAUACUCUGACCUGGACUCCUUUACCCUCUUCUGUGCUGGAUGUUGCUCUCGCUCUUGCAGAUUCAUCUAACACGAAUGCAAUCACUCAACCCUCAAAUGGUACAAAGAUUUUUAAGGACAACUGGAACUUUGACUUGUAUUUGGAUGAGCUGAACGCUGCCAUUUCCAAUGAUAUCUUUAAAUACAAAUCAUGGAUCCAGUAUUAUUAUAACUGGGCAGGAUUUAAAGGCUACAAUCUGGUUAUUCGGGUCAUUGAGACGGAUGAUGAAUUUGAGCCACUGGAUGGAGGUUACGAUUAUCUGGUGGACUGCAUGGAUCUUUCCUUUCCAGACAGGAGACCAGAGAGAGAUCACGCAUAUGAGGAGAUUAAAAACAGAGUGGGUGUGAUGAGACACGUGGUUGUAAACGGACGACUCUGGGACGACCUGUACAUCGGCUUUAAUAACAGAAUGAGUCGAGAUCCUGAUGUUUAUCAUCACAAGUUUUGGAAUCAUUUCCAGGCAGAAUUACCACUAACAGCUCCAGACUGGGAUCAUUUCCUUCAAAUUGUCUCUGAACAAAUGGAUGUUCAACAUUCAGAGCUGUCACAGGAGAACGGUUUCUGUCUGCUCUCUUAAUAAUGCCCACAAAAGGACACUAUUUGUUUCAUGUUUAAUCAACUGUUUUCUCUUGAUAAAUACCACGAGUUGUAUAAAAUAUUUGUAGUUUAAUUGGCAGCCUGAGACCUUUGUACACUUCUAAACAGGUACAGUCAAACGUUUUUAUGUUACAAAGUCUAUAUCCCAGACAGCACACUUAAUGAAAUGUUGCAUAACAUGAGAGUAUAGUUUCCACCCUUACGAAAAUUAACCAUGGUUUUACUACAGUUAAAACCAAAAAACCAUGGUUACUGUAGUAAAACCAUAGUAACUACAAAAUAACCAUGGUUUUGACAAUCAUGGUUUUCAAAAACCAUAGUUAAACCAUAGUUAGUGUAGUAAAACCAUGGUUUUGCUGAUAGUAAUCAAUACACCAAAAAACCAUGGUUACUACGCUUUUACCACAAUAUAACCAUGGUUAAUUUUCGUAAGGGCAGAAAGUGAUGAAAUACUUGGGCCUGUUCCAGAAAGGAGGUUAAGUGAAAACUCUCAGUAUGCUACAUGUAACCCUGAAAAGAAAUUGAAAGGAAACCAAAGUUUCCAUUUCAAAAUGGGAGAUAUGUUAAACCUGAGAAAGCAGGAUAAGUUAAGAAUGUUUCAGAAGGAGAGGUAACUAAGGGCGCACUCACACUAUCCAAACCAAACCGUGCUCGGGUGCGUUUGACCCCUAAAGCCUGGUUUGUUUGACUAGUGUGAUCGCUCUGUUCCGCGCCCGGGCGCUGAUUGGUUAAUCGCCCGUGGCCGAGUUGCAGUGGUGGGCCGGAGCACGGUUCACUUGGGCUCAGGCGUGGAAGGCUGUGGUGUGAGCGCAAUCACGCCUGAGCGUGAUUCAAAAGGUGAAGACGUCAGUUGCGCGACCACUCACCUUCAUCUGCCUCCGUAAAAACCUUUUGAUGCGAGCAGCGGGGUUACGUGAAUGUCUGAGCUGCACACGUGACAGAUCAACUAAGCAAUAUGAUGACAUGUGAGAGGGCUGUCCGUAAUCGCGCACCAAACGACUCAGAAUAAAAAACACUGACUUAUCAUUACGGUGGGUUCCAGUGUUAAGAAAGAGCUUUACUUCCUGCUUUGUUCAAAAGAAUCGCAUCUUAAUGACGAAAGCACGCCCAGACUCGGAUCAUUAAAAAGUACGUACAGUGUGAGUGCGUGCACCUGGGGGAGUAGGGAGGGGUGACAAUCGCGCUGGGGCAUGGUUUGGUUUGGUUGGGAUAAUGUGAGUGUGCCCUUAUAUUCAGAGUCUGUUUCCAGGGCAACUUACUCUCUGAACCACCAGGUCAGAGUUUCUUGUGAUCUCCUUCCCCUUUUUAGCACUAGCGGAUGUUAAAGAUCUUGUUAAACCCUUUUCACACAGACAUUCCGGAAAAUACAUUUUUGUAAGCUCAAAUGAGCAUGUGGCACGAUAUUCUUUUAUGCUGCUGAAUGAUCUCCGUUUCAGCGCUGUGAGUGAUGAGGUAAAUUACCUGAUAUCUGUGUCAGUCCAGUUUGCUGACAUUUUUUGUCAUGACUGUUGUAUUGCAUGUAAAUCCCUCAUUUUAUAAAGUUGAACUAACUUCAUGUUGCCAUGACACGCACGUCAUUGUUUAUGUGUCUGAUUUAUCAUUUCCUGAUGCUUCAGUCUAGUUUGUGACAUUUCUCGUUGUGAAUGUUGAUAUACAUCUAAAUCUCUCGUUUUAAAGAGCUGAACUCACUACGACACGCCCUUUACGGCAUUGUUUCGGCUUCUUGUUCACAAAGAGGGUUGUCCGUGUAUCUUAGGUCCUCUUGCGGCAACGAUCUCAGAAGAUUUACAGGACGUGUUUGUGUUCACACAGACACUUGUCUAGCAAUUUUACGGGUAUUUUCUGGGACCAAAGGUCUGAAUGUGUGAAUGGGGUUUUAGUUUACUUAGUACAUUCAUUCAUUAGGCACAGUUUUAUUUUAAACAUUGUAUAAAAUAGAUGUUUUUAAGUUACAAUCAAAUUAACAGUGCAAGUCAUUUUGAAAGAUUAUUUUAUAUAUUUCAUACACUAAAAUGUCAACUCAAAAAUGAAAACAUUAAAUUGCAAUGACUUGUAUAGCCAAUUUGAUAUACUUAGGUGCAGAGACUGUCUAAAAUGCCAUGUCCUUUAUUGAGGAUCCUCUUAAAUCAGAUAGUGUCUUUACUUAAACAAUAAAGUAAACAUCACUUAAUAUUAUGAAUUUUGGACAUAUACUUAAAAAUCUCAGUUUAUUUAACUUUUAUGUGUAUAAAUUCAUUAAACUAAAACAUUUAAGAGAAAUGAACUUAAAAUUAUCAGCACAAUGU